AGGUGAAAGCGGAGGAGGGGAAGGGAGGCCCGGGGGCGCGCGGGGCUGCGGCGGUUGGCGCUGUCGGGGGGCGCGCGGCGAGAUCAUGGAGCUGAAAUGGCUACUGUGUGUGACACUGCUGGCUCUUGGAAUUCUUGCUGUCCAAGCACAUGAUAUGGAAGAUGACAAUGAUGGUGAUGAUGUAGUUGAUAUCGAGGAUGACUUGGAUGAUGGCAUUGAGGAGGCAGAAGAGUCAAAGUCUGAAACUAGUACUCCUCCUCCAACUCCAAAGGUUACUUACAGGGCCCCUGUUCCAACAGGCGAAGUCUAUUUUGCAGAAAACUUUGAUAAAGGAACUCUGGAUGGAUGGAUCCUUUCCAAAGCAAAGAAAGAUGAUACAGAUGAUGAGAUUGCCAAAUAUGAUGGUAAAUGGGAAGUCCAAGAUAUGAAGGACACUAAGCUUCCAGGAGACAAAGGGCUUGUACUAGUAACCAGAGCCAAACAUCACGCAAUUUCAUCCAAGCUUUCAAAGCCCUUUGUAUUUGAUACCAAACCCCUUAUUGUACAAUAUGAAGUCAACUUCCAAAAUGGAAUAGAGUGUGGUGGGGCCUAUGUGAAAUUACUUUCAAAAACCCCUGAACUGAACCUGGAUCAAUUCCAUGACAAAACUCCAUAUACAAUCAUGUUUGGCCCUGAUAAAUGCGGAGAGGACUAUAAAUUGCACUUCAUCUUUCGGCACAAGAACCCAAAGACUGGUAAAUAUGAGGAGAAGCAUGCAAAGCGUCCUGAUGCGGACCUGAAGACCUACUUUACUGAUAAGAAGACCCACCUUUACACACUGGUCUUGAAUCCUGAUAACAGUUUUGAAAUACUGGUUGAUCAAACGGUUGUCAACAGUGGGAAUUUGUUAAAUGAUAUGUCUCCUCCUGUGAAUCCACCUCGAGAGAUUGAGGACCCAAAUGACCAGAAGCCUGAGGACUGGGAUGAGAGACCAAAAAUUCCAGACUCGGAUGCUGUUAAACCAGAUGACUGGGAUGAAGAUGCUCCUGCAAAGAUUCCAGAUGAAAAUGCUGUGAAACCAGAGGGUUGGCUGGAUGAUGAGCCAGAAUAUGUAGCAGACCCUGAUGCUGAGAAACCAGAGGAUUGGGAUGAGGAUAUGGAUGGUGAAUGGGAGGCACCUCAGAUUGCAAAUCCAAAAUGUGAGACAGCCCCUGGCUGUGGUACCUGGCAGCGACCUAUGAUUGACAAUCCAAACUACAAAGGCAAAUGGAAGCCUCCAAUGAUCGAUAAUGUGAACUAUCAGGGUAUAUGGAAACCUAGGAAGAUCCCAAAUCCAGAUUUCUUUGAAGAUUUGGAACCUUUCAAGAUGACUCCAUUUAGUGCUGUGGGACUUGAGCUGUGGUCAAUGACUUCUGACAUCUUUUUUGACAAUUUUAUUAUCUGUACUGAAAGAGCUGUGGCUGAUGACUGGGCCAGUGAUGGAUGGGGACUGAAAAAAGCAGCUGAUGGUGCUGCUGAGCCUGGUGUUGUGGGCCAGAUGAUGGCAGCUGCUGAAGAGCGUCCCUGGCUUUGGGUAGUCUACAUCCUCACUGUGGCUUUGCCAGUGUUCCUUAUUGUCCUUUUCUGCUGUUCUGGGAAGAAGCAGCCAAGUGCUGCAGAAUACAAAAAGACAGAUGCUCCUCAACCUGAUGUGAUGAAUGAAGAGAAAGAGGAAGAAAAAGACAAAGAGGAGAAGGAGGAGGAGGAGGAAGAAGCAAAUGAGGAAAAGCUAGAAGAGAAGCAGAAAAGUGAUGCUGAUAUAGGAAGUGCUAGUCAAGAGGAGGAGGAGGAAGAGGAGGAGGAAGAGGACAGGAAACAUGCAUCAGAGGAGGAGGAGACUGUGAAUAGAUCACCCAGAAACAGAAAGCCAAGAAAAGAUUGAAAAAAAUAAUCAUAAGAACUUGAUCUGUAAUUUUUUUCCAAACUUGGUUCUGGGAGAGGACCUUGGACACCUUACAUUGAAACUUGGACAAACCUCAAGAUCUCACCAUCCACAGGUUCCAGUUACACUAUCCAAUGUAAUGGAGUGUCUAGCAGUAAAAUCUUUGCAAUCAUCUGUUUUAAAGAACAUCAUUCCUGUAGAAAGAAUGCAUUUAAUAUAAUGGGCUGUGGAUUUUGGAAUGUAACAUAACUAACCUUUUCAUUUUGGUUUUAAAUGCUUUUUUUUGUUGUUGUUGUUUGGUAGAACUUUGCCAGUCUCAACCCAUGGCUUAAUUUAAUAUAUUAUUAAUUAGUGAAAAAUAACAAUGAAAAUCUUGAAAAUGCUAGAUGUUAAAAAUGCGGUUUUAUAACUAGUUUUUUUACAAACAUGUAAAUUCCUAAAUGCACCAGUGUCUUGAUAUCCCUUAAUUUGAUAAUUAUGCUUAAAGAGAAGUUGUCAAUAUAGUUGACAACCCCUCUUCCUUCAAAGCAAAAAAUAAAACUGGGAGCAGGGUGGGAUGUAUUGGAAAACUAGUAGUUAAAUUUCAUAAUCAACUUUGCUCUUUUGUGAGGGAGGGGGAAGAGGAAAGGGUGGAAGGAAGGGGGUUAGUCGUAUGGAAUAUGAACAUUGUCUGCGGCUAAAGCAGAUUUAAGUGUUAACAAAUGAUCUAGGAUUUGGAGUAGGUCAUCUUAGUAUGGCAUUUAAUCCUGUGAAAAUUGGAUUUUGUUAGUCCUUGAACUCUUCUCAUAAAGCUAAAGGGUUGUUGAGGUGUUUAGACUAUUUUUCCUUUUCCCUCUGUUCAGUCACUGAUGCUCUCCUUUCUCUGUGACUAUACAGCUUUUUGAGUGCAGCUUUGCCUCAGUUGCUGAAGUGCUUCAUGUUCAGCUCAUUGUCAGUUUUCAUAGCUAGGUCUACUCCUUUCCAGGGUCCAAACACUGGAUAGGACAGUGUCCCAUAUCCUCUCACUCCAAUCACUGUAUGUCUAUUCCUGUAGAAACAGGACAGGAGGUCAGAUACACAAGUAGAUCUGAAUCUUGGGGGAGGGGAACAAAACGAAAAUGAGAUGUCAGUAUUUGUAGGUGGGGAAGGAGCAUGUGGAAUAUCUUAACUGAUAUGUGAAACUGUUCAAGUCUUUUUAUCUGCUAUUCAUGUAACAAAUGCAUCCUAAAUUAUAUUGUGAAUGUUAGGGAGUUCCAAUUCCAGCUGAAUAAAUCCUUUUUUAAGUGUUGAGUCUACAAUAUUAUACUGCUUCAAACACUUUUUGUGGAAUGCAGGUGAUCACUACAAGAGCAUACCUCUGAGGAUGAAAUCUAUGUAACUUCAUUACACUGUACCAAAUAUGUUGGAGUCUGGAUGUCUAUAUAGAUAAGCUUUUGCCUUUGUUUAGAGUAAGUGUCCUAAAAUUAUUCUUCUUGCACUGAAUAUAAACACUCCAGUGUUGUUCGGGCUAGGUCAUAGGUAUCAAGUGGGGAAAUAAUUCCCAGGUGUGGGGGAGGAAAGUGUUCUAAUUACCUUGCAAACAAUCUAACCAAUUACUAAAAGACUUUUUUUUUUUUCUUUUAAUGAAAACACCUUUUGCUGCCUGUCUUUAUGUUGUAUCCCUUAGUUGUUGUGUUGGAAAUACUAGAGACACAAAUGCAUAGCAGGAUUUCUUGCUCUUUCUGUAGUGUGCAAAUAAACCAUUGUAAGCAAGAUCCUGGAAGUAAUUUCAGACUUCUGUUGGGAGCUAUUGCAUAUUUAGGAUGCCUUUGCCUGUUGAACACCUGGUAGAGACUGCUCCUUACUGCCAAAAUAGCUUAUACUCUGACAUGGAAGAUGUCAUAGCUUAAGCAUUGGUACUAGCUUGUUCUCAGGACUGUAUUUUUAUCGAGGAGCAGCUGCUAUUUAUGACUCAGUCCUUUGAGAUCAAGUAUAUGUAAAUGGUUUCAAGUUGACUAACAAUUUGAGCACAACAUAACUGUUAAUCAGUAUUUUUAUCUUAAUAUGCGAAUUGCCUUAAACUCCUGGACAGUUCUUGUGCAUACGUUAUUUCAAAGUAUCAAGAAUGAACUUAAGAUCUGCUAUCAGCUUUUACAUAGUAUUAUAUAAGAGCUAACUGUAAAUCUACAUUUGCUUCUGCUAGACCUCCUCAAAAGGUCUCCUGUCUGCAUGUUACAGCUUUUUUUGAUACCUUAGUGUAUGCUUCUUGAGUAAUCACUACAAUAAACAAAGACUUUCCAAAGUGAAAGAUUACUUUUUAUCCUGCAUUCUCACUUGGGUGACUCAAUGUUAAAUUGACUUAGCUACUUUUUCCUGUAAGGCUUUAAAAAAAUGUUACCUCCUUCUCAAUAAAGAAGGCCUGUAAACCAUGGCAGUGUUUCCCAAGCAUUGAAGCUCUGCUUGAUUGCUACCUGUGAACUAGGUUUGAAACACCUUCAACUACCUGAAGCUGUCUUACUGAAGUGUGUAUGUGCGUGUGUAUGUGCUGGAGUGGAUGGAGUCCAGCAGCUGAACUUGCAUGUCUGGUGGACCAGAGUGAGGAAAGGGUUUUAGACAGGCUGUUUUAGAAGGAACAAAUGUACAAGAGUGCUUAUACGCAGUUAAGAGACCUGGAAUACAGGGUACUAGAAAUGCUGAAGACUUUUUUUCUUUUUUUUUUUUUUUUUUCCCUCUUUUGGCCUUUGGUGAAGGGGGGUGGUACAGAUACAGCUAACCUACUAACCUGCUCCAGAAAUAGAAUUGAAUACGAACUGGCCUUCCAGCUAUGAUAACACUGACUUAUCACAGCUCGAGAAUGGCUGGACAAGGGCCGAGCGCUUGCAGAGGUAUCGCUUGUCAUGGUUGUCUCCUGCUUUCUGUAUUUCUUCUGCUCACCUGGUAGUAGCACGUGGGGGCUGGUGACAAGAGUCUCUGUGUCCCCAAGCCUUCCCCUCCCAGUCUGGAAUUGCCAGGAUUGCCUCAAGGUUUCCAAAAGAAAAGGAAGAACCCCUGGUGGUCCUGAACAAGGACUGUGACUUAUUUUGUGCAAAAGACCUGUCCAUUUCAAUAAGGUAACUGUAGAUGCGGUAUGCAUAUAUUAAAACCUGAAUAAAUUAUAAUGUAAAAUUAAUCAAUAAAGAAACUUAAAUCUC